CCUGAGGCUCCGCUGGCCUGGCCGGUGCUGCGGCGAAGGGUGGGGUCAUUGCGGGAAGUGAGCCAUUGGCCACCCGGGGUAGCAAGGUAUAGAGGGCGAGUAUUGAAAGGAGGACACCCACUACAGUUUUCUAGGGAGCCCCUUGGAUUGAGGACAUCACCGAAGGUGUAAGGGAUUACCUGGAGAUCUGCCACUGUUGCAGAACCUUAAGACAUCAGAGACAGUCCAGGGCCAUCUCAGGCAGGGAGAGAGAGCUAUGGCCCCAACACAAAGCUCGGUGACAGUGUGUGCCUCAUAAAUUCUUCCCAGGUAGAGGGUGGUUUGCUGAAUUGUCACCCUGCAAGGUUGAGCACCUCGGGGAGGUCAGCAAAUGUUUAUUGAUUUACUGAUUGCAGGUAGCAUGGCCCAACCAUUGAUUGAGGUGGAGCGAAAGUUCGUUCCAGGCCCUGACACAGAGGAGCGGCUGCAGGAGUUGGGGGGCACCCUGGAGCACCAGGUCACCUUCCGGGACAGCUACUAUGACACCCCUGAGCUAAGCCUCAUGCGGGCUGACUAUUGGCUGCGACAGAGAGAGGGUAGUGGGUGGGAGCUCAAAUAUCCUGGAGGAGCUGUUGUCUCAGGACCUCACACUGAGUUUAUGGAACUCACAGUUGAGCCCGCAAUUGUGGCUCAGCUCUGUGAGGUGCUGGGAGCUGACGUCCUGGAGUCUGGAAGUGUGGCUGCUGUGCUGGGCCCACUGGGGCUGCAGGAAGUAGCUAGUUUUGUGACCAAGCGUAGUGCCUGGAAGCUGGUGCUAUCCCGAGCUGAAGAAGAGGAGCCUUCGCUCACGGUGGACCUGGAUACAGCCGACUUUGGCUACGCUGUGGGUGAGGUAGAGGCCCUGGUACACGAGAAGGCUGAGGUCCCAGCUGCCCUAGAGAAGAUCCACAGCCUCAGCAGCAUGCUUGGUGUGCCUGCACAGGAGACAGCACCUCCUAAGGUGAUGGUGUACCUCCAGCGCUUCCGGCCUCAGGACUAUCAGCACCUGCUGGAAGUAUACAGCGCCAGAGAGAAGCCACAGGGGACUAAAUCUCCUGACAGCAGCUUGGGCUAGGCUGUCACUUCUUCAACAAGGAAGAGAACUCUGGGUCUAACAGGGUUCUUUCCUGGGUAGCCUGUGCCUCUUCCCCAGGCCUCCUUCCCACAGCUGACUCCUCUCUCUCUAACUCCGCCUGUUCUUUACCUUACAUUCAGCUAGCCUUCCAUGAGCCCUCCCUGGCUGCCUCUUCUCCCUCAUCCGUCAGAUGCAAUCUGUGGGCCGCCCCUCUCCCCUGGCCGCUAAGCAGCCUCCAUUGAUUUCCGCUCGUGUUUAUAGGAUUUCCACUUAGCCGUGAUCAGUAGUUAAGCACAGGAAAAUCCCUUGCCACCCCCCCUCCCUUGGUCGAUGCCAUUGAUUCUGCCAGCGGCUCCUAAACUGCCUUACAGCUGAGUUAGAGAUGAGGGGAGGCAGCAGGGAUUUCCCUGCCUUGAGGUGUGGGGAAGAGCAGCAGGUUGGGAAAGUAGGUGGGAAUCCCUGUUAGAAAUCUGGAAGUUCUGGGGCACCUGCGUGGCUCAGUUGUUAAGUAUCUGCCUUCAGCUCAGGUCAUGAUCCUGGGGUCUUGGAAU